AUGAUGAAUUUGAUGGGAGGGUUUUACAAGGAAGGGGAGGAAGAUGCAGUGAAAGAUGAGGUAGUGGAGAGGGAGCACAUGUUCGACAAGGUGGUGACCCCGAGCGACGUGGGGAAGCUGAACCGUCUGGUGAUCCCUAAGCAGCACGCGGAGAAGUACUUUCCGCUCGACUCUUCAUCUUCCGGGGAGAAAGGGCUUCUCCUAAACUUCGAGGACAGCAACGGGAAGUCGUGGAGGUUCCGAUACUCUUACUGGAACAGCAGCCAGAGCUACGUGAUGACAAAGGGUUGGAGCCGUUUCGUCAAGGAGAAGAAGCUCGAUGCUGGGGACAUUGUCUCCUUCUACCGCGGCCCCGGAGACCGCCUCUUCAUCGACUGGCGCCGUCGCCCGGACGCUCCUGCGCCUCACUCUGCCCGCCCCUUGUUUUUGCCGUCCGGACACGGAUUUGGAUACGGAUACGGAAUAGUCACAGGGAACCCUUGUCCGCCCUAUCUCACCAGGCCUUCUCCUCUGUUGGCCUGGCCUCAUCACAUGAAUGCACAUCAUCAUCAGCAGCAGCAACAGAUUGUGUUUGAUUCAGUGCCUGUGGUGCAAGGGAAAGCGGCUGCCUCAAAGCGACUGAGGUUGUUUGGGGUUAACAUGGACUGCCCCACAGAUGAUAAUAUUUCAUCACCGCUACAAUUACUACCCUCGUCUUCAUCGUCUUCGACUAUCCCUCAACACAAUACCAAAGGGAAGGCCUCCGCCUCCGUGUCUUUGGACUUGGAUAUCUGA